CAGCGAGGACAUUCCACCGCGGUACGGAGUAACAACCGGGCUUUCCGGGAAUGACCGGCCCUGCAGUUGAUCUGCAGGCGCCCGACGAGCUGGAUUACGGAUUACACAGUCUGGUAAUUCAACGAUGUCCGAAGGGGGUGGCCCGCUGGUCCCGAUGAUGUCGGGCACGCGAACCUGGUUCGGUUCCCGAGAACUCAGCCAGGCACACUCACGAGCGCAGCCACGGCUCUCCACCAGUCCCGAUCCUCGACCCGUCUCGUUCUUGCCCUCUUUGUCGUCGACUCUUACAGCAUCAGGAAAUGAAGACUGUCUUUUUGCCCUCCACACAGACGUCGGCGCCAGCAGCACUCCCAGGAUGUCCGCAACGCUGCAGAGGCGCGGGGAGAAUGGCCUGAGAUCGCCAACCCCCAGCCCCCACGGGGCCGACACGACGCGCGCACGCCCAACUUCCGAUAUUCCUUCGACGCCGGUCCAGAUCCCGUCGCGACCCAGAUCUCGGGAUUCGCCCCUCCCGCAGAGACCGCACCGCAGCCAUGGCGACCGCCGCGUCCACUCCGUGUCGCGCCGCCCAAGAGACGUGCAUUCUCCCGAUGCUAUCCCGCCCUCGGUGGCCGCGCUGCUGGCCAUCACCAAUAUCCCCCCGCCCAAGGCCGUCCGGAGCGUGCGGCAGACAAAGGGGGAAGUGAGGAUGACGGUCGAGUCCAUCAUCGAGAGGGCGCAGGAAUCCGAGAAGGAGCUCAGCCGGAAGUUGAGCCGGAGUCCCAUGGACAUCCUUCUCAUGCCCCCCGAGCAUCUCGAGGCCGACGAUGCGUCCACGUGCGACAGCAUUUCGGAGUCUGUUGUGUCGGCACGGACCGCCUCGUUGGAGUCCAUGCCGUCGCUGAGCAGCUCCUUCACCACCGACCCGUUUUCCUCGCUAGAAUCGCCCCGGACGCCCGUCAGGCGGCGACAGACACGACCGACCCGACGCUCCCUGGAGCCCGUCUCCUCGCCGCCUGGCGAGUCCGAGAGCCAUCCGCUGUCGUCUCCCGACGUGGACGUCGACGAGUUGGACUUCAGAGUCUUCGCCGACCAGGAGGAGACUCCGGCAAAGAAAUCCUCGAGACUGCCGCUCAAGCCACUGAAGUCGGCCUUCAAGUCCAACUUGACGGCGUCAUUACGCGCUCUGCGCCAGGCUGCACGCUCCUUUUCGAAUCUCAACUUCUCCUCGAUCCCGCCGGAGGACUUUUUGACCAGGUCCAUCCUGACGAUCGACCCGCAAGUGCCCUAUACCGAUGAGCGGAGACCGCCUCUCCUCGAGGAGGAGCCGACUGCUGAGCUACGGCGGUAUCUGAACCCGACUACAACUGCUCGCAUUCAGAAGCCCAACGCAGUGGCAUUGGGACCGGCUUUGCGGUCGUUUACGGCAUCUAUCCAGAUGCAGACGUACAAAGUUUCCCGCUCCCGCAGCCCAUCAUCUUUGCCGGGCCGUGCUCCGUACCCUUCUGUCGGACCCUCCUCGACGGCACAAGCUCCAGAAGCGCCGCAGGCGAGCACCCGGGCGGAACACCCCUUGCCCGGGCCGCGGCAGCGCGAGCUGCGCGAGAACCCCGAUUUCAUCCGGAUUGCCGUCAUGGAGAUGGCGAUGCGGAAGAGCGGCAAACUCGAUGAGCAAUGGCCGGGGCGGGCUCGCUGGGCGUUACCGCCGAGGAAACCCAGCACCAGACCGUAUGAAAUCGGGCCCGACGGGGUCCCUACCAGAUGGGUUGCUGAAACCUACGAAGAGGAAUAACGUUCGCGACUGUU